GGUGGGCACUGGGCGAGCUUCUAUAUAAAGGGUUUAGGUUAACUCAUCUGGUUGUACAUUGGCGCAGAAGCAAUGGGAGAGUUCAAACACUUGGUGAUUGUCAAGUUUAAGGAAGAUGUAUUGGUAGAGGAUAUGAUGAAAGGAAUGGAGAAGCUGGUUUCAGAGAAUGAACUUGUCAAGUCCUUUGAAUGGGGACAGGAUGUGGAAGGGCCAGAGAUGCUUAGACAAGGAUUUACCCAUGCCUUCUUGAUGACAUAUGAAAAGAAGGAAGACUACACCGCAUUUCUCAGCCAUCCAUCUCAUGUUGAAUACUCAGCCACAUUUUCAGGAGCCAUAGACAAGAUCGUGGUUCUUGAUUUUCCAGUUAAUCAUGUCAAGCCUCCUGCCAAGCCCCCAGCAUAAUCCAUGUGAUAAUCCAUUAGUUAUGAUGAUCAUGAAUAUGAAUAAUAACGAACCCAAUGAAAUAUGAUGUGUAUGUUGUGGUUGAGUUUGUGCAUAAUGUGUGUUUGCCUCCACAGUUGUUGGCAUGCAUGUUCAUCUGCUUUUUCUUUCUUUGUUUUUCCCGGGUGCAAGUUCAUCAGCUAUUGUAUUUUACAAAUGCACUAUUGUCAUAUUGAACGUGAAUGAAAUAGACAGGUAGCUUGAUUGUGGAC